GUAGGGACGUUCUCGUAUUAAAAAGCGGAAGAGGAGGAGAACAAUCCGUCAACUAGAGGGGGAGGGAGACUGUUUUUAAACCAUUCUCGUACAGUACACCACUUAGAUUAGCUGCACUUACAGUAGGCCUGUAUGUACAAAACCCGUCUCCUUUUACAUUCCAAUUGCGUUUGAACUGUCAUUCAAAACGGAAAAUAUAAAAUCGGGCGAGCGGCUUCCGUUGUCCACAAUGAGCCUGGGAUAUGUGUGACAGCCGGCGAUGAAGACACCAAUAUGUACGCGGAAUAACUAAAAGAGUCGGAGGAAAAUAAUCGAAACGGUUCGAAGGCAACAUUCUGAACUUCUUUAAAGAAAUUCAGUUGGAACGCUUAAGUCUGUGGGCACCGUUGGAAAGACUGCCACCAUGGUGCAAAAAUAUCAGUCCCCGGUUCGGGUUUACAAGCACCCGUUCGAGCUGGUGAUGGCGGCGUACGAGCGGCGGUUCCCGACAUGCCCGCUCAUCCCCAUGUUCGUGGGCAGCGACGUGAUGGACGAGCACGCCAGCGAGGACGGCGCCACCCACAGGAUCGAGCGGCGCUGCAAGCUGGACGUGGACGCCCCCCGGCUGCUCAAACGGAUCGCCGGGGUGGACUACGUGUACUUCAUCCAGAAGAACUCGCUGAACCGCCGCGAGCGGACGCUGCACAUCGAGUCGCACAACGAGACCUUCGCCAGCCGCGUCUUCAUCCACGAGAUGUGCUGCUACUCGGUUCACCCUGAAAACGAGGACUGGACGUGUUUCGAGCAGACCGCCAGCCUGGACAUCAAGUCCUUCUUCGGCUUCGAGAGCACCGUGGAGAAGAUCGCCAUGAAGCAGUACGCCGGCAGCAUCAAGAAGGGUAAGGAGAUCAUUGAGUAUUAUCUGCGGGAGCUGGACGAGGAGGGGGUGACCCACCUCCCGCGCUGGGCCCCCGGGCCAGCCUCGCCCGCCCUGCCCAGCGUGGCUGCCCGGCCCGAGCUGCCCGUCACCCCCCCCAUGGCCAUCCCGGUGGCCAGCGGCAGAGACGCACCGGCCGGCAAGGACGUCGCCGCCGGGCCGCCCGAGGGCCAGAGCGAGCCGGUCACCGGAACCCCCGACGAUAAACUGGACGCUGACUACAUCUCGCGUUACCUGGGAGACCUGACGCCCCUGCAAGAGAGCUGUCUGAUCCGCCUGCGCCAGUGGCUGCAGGAAACACACAAGGGCAAGAUCCCCAAGGACGAGCACAUCCUGCGCUUCCUGCGGGCGCGGGACUUCAACAUGGACAAGGCGCGGGAGGUCCUGUGCCAGUCGCUCACCUGGCGCAAGCAGCACCAGGUGGACUACCUGCUGGAGACCUGGAACCCCCCGCAGGUGCUGGGGGACUUCUACACCGGCGGCUGGCACCACCACGACAAAGACGGCCGCCCUCUCUACAUCCUGCGGCUGGGACACAUGGACACCAAGGGGCUGGUGCGUGCCCUGGGGGAGGAGUCCCUGCUCAGACACGUGCUGUCCAUCAACGAGGAGGUGAGACGCUGCGAGGAGAACACCAAGGUCUUCGGCCGCCCAAUCAGCUGCUGGACGUGUCUGGUGGAUCUGGAGGGUCUAAACAUGCGGCACCUGUGGAGGCCGGGGGUGAAAGCCCUGCUGCGCAUCAUCGAGGUGGUGGAGGCCAACUACCCCGAAACGCUGGGGCGGCUGCUCAUCCUGAGGGCCCCCCGCGUCUUCCCCGUGCUCUGGACCCUGGUCAGCCCCUUCAUCGACGAGAACACCCGGAAAAAGUUCCUCAUCUACGCCGGGAACGACUACCAAGGGCCCGGGGGGCUGGUGGACUACAUCGACAAGGAGGUCAUCCCCGACUUCCUGGGCGGGGACUGCAUGUGUGAGGUGCCGGAGGGCGGGCUGGUCCCCAAGUCCCUGUACCGGACCGCGGAGGAGCUGGAGAACGAGGACGUCCGCCUGUGGACCGAGACCAUCUACCAGAGCGCCAGCGUGUUCAAGGGAGCCCCGCACGAGCUGCUGAUCGAGAUCAUCGACGCCUCCUCCGUCAUCACCUGGGACUUCGACGUGUGCAAGGGCGACAUCAUCUUCAACAUCUUCCACUCGAAGCGGGCGCCCCAGCCCCCCAAGAAGGACACGCUGGGGGCGCACGGCAUCACCUCCCCGGGGGGGAACAACGUGCAGCUCAUCGACAAGUCCUGGAUGCUGGGGCUGGACUACAGCAUGGUGGAGUCGCCCCUCACCUGCAAGGAAGGGGAGAGCGUGCAGGGCUCCCAUGUGACCCGGUGGCCAGGGUUCUACAUUCUGCAGUGGAAGUUCCACAGCAUGCCGGCGUGCGCGGCCACUAACCUCCCGCGCGUGGACGACGUGCUGGCCACCCUGCAGGUCUCCUCCCACAAGUGCAAGGUCAUGUACUACACCGAGCUGCUGGGCUCGGAGGACUUCAGGGGCUCGAUGACCAGUCUGGAGUCCAGUCACAGUGGCUUCUCCCAGCUGAGCGCCGCCACCACCUCGUCCAGCCAAUCGCAGUCCAGCUCCAUGAUCUCCAGGUAGUCUCCCGGGAGACGGCGGAGCCGGCGGGAGGGAGCAGCCGGCUCGCGGAAAAAGGAUCGGGAGCAGGAAUACCUCACACUCCGCCCUGCCUCGAACCCCAACCCCAACCCCCACCCCCACCUCCACCUCCACCA